AUGUCUAUUUCGACACCCUUUCAAAGAGUUUUUCAUUUUUAUUUUAAUUAUCAUUAUAAUUAUUCAUCUUCAAAAUUAACAUCAUCAGCAUGUUCCCGACAUGUUCAAUUUUCUAUUCGAAUGGCAACAUCAUUUCUUGUCAGUGGAUUUCUAGCUUAUGGAACUCCAUUAAGUAAUCGUUUAUCAAUACAAUAUUUAGUUCCUUUAAUGUGUAUUCUAUCAAUACAAGAAACAUGUGGAAUGGCAUUAUAUACUACCUAUCAAAUUUUCACAGCUAUCAUACCUCUAUCAAUUUUUUUCUUCGUAAUUCAAAAGGUUGGUCUUGGAUAUAAAGAUUAUUUUGCAGCUGAACUUACGCUAGUUAUUUCAUCGCUUUUCGUUGCUUACCAUUGUUCACAGGUAUAUAUUUUCUAA